CGAUCUCAUAUUCGCGAUCAGGCUGUCGACACGACAACAACCCUUCUUUUCUAAGAUUCCGAUGAUAUCGGCCGAGCAAGUGUUUCUCCACUAAACUUUUGUGAUUCUUCGAAGGAGAGACAGAGAGAAGAGAGAGAGAGAGAGAGAUAGAUAGGAGAUCGAAAGCUGUAAUCGACAAAGGAGAAAUGUAUCGAAACUUCACGAUAUUUUUCGUCGUACUCGCACCUUUCUUUUUGGUGGUUCGAUCAGAGUCGGUUAAUUAGAUGGGAAGAAGUAAAAAAAUUUGAAAAAUUUUAAGGACCAACUCUUCAACCCUCUACUAAAAGUGAAUCUUUUACUGAUAAUAUUUUCUUUUUUCUUUUUUGAUGUCUGAUGCAUCUAUCAAAUGUGAUAUUAUUUAUAUGUACAACGUUUUUGUUUCUAUUUCGAUUUUCUUUUUUUCUUUUUUCUUUUUUAUAGAAUCGAACAAAGUGAAAAAUUUCUAAAAUUUUCAAGAGUGACCUCAUCAUCUCCGAAAUUCUUUCCAUAUGAAUUAUUUUUUUUAAUAAUUAUUCUUAUGUCUUUAUAAAAACAAAUUGAUAUUCAUAAAUGUUCCUAUUUAAACAAUUACAUUCUGUAUAUAUUAUUCAAGUGUUAGAUAAAACUUUUCUAGUGCAACUUGAAGCAAGGUUUCGUUCUUCACCGAAGAAUUUCGUCGUUCGUCGAAGAAAAAGUUUUCAACAAAGACGUUGCUGUUAUUCUCGGCACGUAAUAAUUUUCGCACGUUUGCAGAUGGAUGGCGCGAAAUUACAUGAUAUAUUAAAAUGUUACAUGUGCACAUCAGUUACGGAUAAAGAUUGCGGGAACGAUAUAACAAAAUCAAAGGCAAUCGAGCCUACGGAAUGUACGAUGGAAGAAAUGACAAAGUGGCAGAACACUAUUCAACAGAAUAAGUUACUUACGUCAAUUUUCAGUAUUUUUGCUGUAGAUAAUCCUCGACAUGAUCAAAGUAUGUUGAAGAACAUGGCAUGUGCCAAAGUCGAUACUAAAAUUCAAGGCCAGGACAAAAUAGUGACGAUAAGAAGUUGCCAAACGGCACAAGCAUUAAAUGUUGAUCCUUGCACGUCGAUAAACGGUAAACUUGGUGGUGGCAUGGAAUAUUGUGGAUUAUGCGAAGAAAAUGGUUGCAACGGUUCGAUAACAAUUUCCCCAAGUAUCAGUAAUAUUAUUUUUAUUGUCCUUGGAUCAUUUGCCUUUGUUCUUAUCCUUUACAUAGAUGCAUAACCUCCAACAUUCUCUAUCACCUCCCAUUUUCCAAAUUAAUCCGUAAAUUCAUGUCCACUUUCGAAUCACAGUUAUCGUCAUUGCAUACGACCUCUUUCUAUCAUGAAAAUCUCUCCUAUCCUCCCGUUCCCCAAGUGUCCAAAGCAAUUUCAGCCACAAUGUUUUUUUUAAUUUCUUAGGAUAUGUCGUGUUCGAAAUCUAAUACGAAUAUUUAAUCUCGAACUACGUAUUUUAUCCUAAUAGAGAUAAUACAUCGAAAUUGCAAAAAAUUA